AUGUUGAAAGCAAUAUCCAAAGCUGGUGGAGAAGAUGCCUAUGAGUUGCUUGACAAUUACAAGUAUCAUAAGGAUGCCUUGAACAUCAAGUUGGCGGACUUGAACAAAGAUAAUGAUCUUAUCUACCACGACAUCGUACCAUCUUUGGUCACUUUACCCGAACCUAAGGCCAUGGACAGCACAUCCAUCAUUCCCAUGAACAAAGUUGAAACGUUCAACCAAAUCAGCGAGUACAACUACAACAACUUUUUGAAAAACGUCGUGCCCAUCAACAUCCACGAGCUAUUGAGUUACUAUUCGGAAGAAAAGUCGCAGCUCUUGCGGAAUGAGCUUGAUGAAGUCGAUGUUUCAAACGAAGAGUUACUGUCUGUUUUGGAAUAUUUGAAGCUUCCAAAAGCGUUGGUUAACAUAAAAGAGAUUUUGAGCAGUAACAGAGAGCUUAAUGUUCUGUCUACCGAGAGCCGCAUACCCCCAGAGCUUAUUAACAAGGCAAAUGAAAUUGCUUUGCGAUACUCGCAGGAUGUGCAAAACAGAAAAUCCAUUGAAGAACUCCGCAAAAGGAUUUUCCAUUACAUUGGAACAGCAGAGUCUGCGUUAUCAAGUCAAAUUACGGCGUCUAGCGGAAAAUUCCGUGAGGACUUGAUACGGUUGAAGAAAUCUUUGUAUGACGCCGCAAGUUCAGACUCUAGACUUUUUGCUUUGGUGGACUCCGAAAAUAGCAAACUCCAUGAGAUCUUGGGUGGAGGCGCUGAUUCUGCUGAGUUUCGUAAUUUGUUUCGAACUCUGAUUCCGGAAAGACAAACUUCAGUAGUUGAGGAAGUAAGUUUGUUGGACAUGGAUGAUGCACAAAUUGCCGAACGCAAUGAUACGGUAGAGAAACAGAUUUCUGCACUUGAGAACCUAUUGAACGAGCUCAACAAAAUCAAAACAAGCAAAGCCAACUUGGUGGCCAAGUUGAAGAGCGAGAUACACAACGACGAUAUUUCGGACAUUCUCAUGUUGAACAGCAAAAUCAAGUCCACGAACGAGAUCAAAACGGUGAUUUUCCCAGAAGAGCUAAAGAAGUUCGAGCCAUUCAGCGAAGAGCUCGAUGGUCUAAUUGCCAAGCAGCUGGAUAUGAUCGCAGAGCUCAAAAAGAGAUGGGACCGCUUGUCGUCUGAUCCGAAGGUUAAAGAAGUACAAACAUCGAAGUCGUUCCAGGACGAGUUGAUCUCGCAACAACUGAGCCGCAUCAACAGCUUCUACUCUGACCACUGGAAAAAAUACACCACUGGAUUGGCCAAAGGCGUGGAGUUUUACACGCAGUUGGCAAAUUAUGCCGAAAACAUAUCCAGAACCAUCCAGCAGGAGAUGCGGCAACUGGAGCAGCGCGGUCUCGAGCAUUCAAUGGGAAAUCUUCACUUGGGACAAAGCUACCAGGCAACAGGGCAAUACAGUCCCGGCCAGAUGCAAAAUGGUCCGCAAAGCAUUGCUUCUUUCCAGAAUACUGGUCUGCAAAACCCUGCUUCUAUGCAAAAUACGGGUCCACAGAACCCCGGUCUUAUGCAAAGUAGCGGCCAAUUCCACAACGCCAGUGCAAUGCAAAUGCCCGGCCAGUACCAGGUGCCUGGCCAAUACCAAAGCGCCCCAUACCAAAACGCAGUGGGGUCGAGCGCGCCCAUUCCCGGCCCAGACUAUGGUCGCGGCGCGCCCGCCCUUCCGCCCAAAAGAAUGUCGCAGAAUUCGGUUCCGCCCCAAAGCCCCGCGCCAAAAAUGGUCGGAAGCUGGGACGAACCGAACGAUCCGAGCGCACUCAUCUACGAUCAGCCGUCCACUUACAAGCCAGACAUGUACAAUUUUUUUCUGAAACAGGGCUGA